AUGUAAAACAAAGAUAACGUUGAUUAGAGAUUAUCUCAAAACAAUGACUUUGAUAUGGAAGAUACUGAGCAAAUCAACACCUAGAUUCCUCAAGUCAAUUAGAAUCCUAGCUCACAGGAAGGGUCAAGCUCCAAUUCAGACGCUUCAAUGUAAAGUCAAGGAUCAGGUUCUAAUGCUAAACUUUAGCAAGAUCUUUAAGAAGCAAGCUAGACUAACGGAAAACUCCAAAAGAAAAUUAAGAACAUGGAGCUUGAGAUGAUCUGGAGAGAACAAUAAUUUCAACAAGAGUUUCAGAAGAGAGAACAAUAGAUUCAACAAGAGUUUCAACAAGAGUUUCAGAAGAGAGAACAAGAGUUUAAACUGAGAGAACAAGAGAUGGAAUAGCAAAUAACCAAUUAGCAGACCUCAAGUGUUCUAAUUCAAGUCCCAUAAGAGCAACAGCUUGUUAAUGAUGCAUUGAGUUUCUUCACUGAUGUCUUCUCCUAUAUUCCAGAUAACUACAGACAAAUCCCAAGAGACUAUAUGGAAAUAGACAAUAAAAUAGCCAAUCAGUAGAAUAAGGGCUAAAGCCACAAGGAUAAGAAAAGCAAGGAUAAGAAUUAGAAACAAGAAUAGAAAGGCAAUAAGACAUAAGGGUAAAAGAAUACAGGCAAGCAGGACCAGCAUUUGAGUUUAGUGGAUCUAAAAGAAAAAGCUUAGAGACGUAUAGAGUAGAUAUAGGCAGAAAACAGAGAAAAAUCGCAGAAUAAGAUUAAAGAGCUUACUCAAAUGCAUCAGCAAAACGGACUAGGGAAGAAUAAAGAGAAAAAGAGAUAAGCGAAGGAAUAAGAAUAGGAUGUAAUCAUGGAUAAUGAUGAGGAGAAGAAGAGAGGCGACUCAAAAUCAAAGGAAAGACCGUCACAUAAAGAUUUCAAAAACAAGGGACUUGUUAGUGAUGACAAAAUGAAAAAUAAGAAAGAAUACAAAGAAGCCAAGAGGAAAAUGAAGAUGAAAUCGAAGAAGGGGCUUGCAAGCACAGGAGGCAGUGUAGAGCAUCAAUAAAAAAUAUGA